CUAUUGAUCUGCUUAUUAUAUUCCUCUACAGCAUAUUAUUUUUUGAAAAUGCAUUUAUUAAGAGAUUAGAGAAAAAAAAAAAGUUGGGUGUCAGUGUUCUUUGUGUUCUAUCAUGGAUUGUUCCAUGAAUCUUCUUAAAAUGUGCUCACUCCUUUUGUGCCUUUUGAUCCCAUGUUCUUCAAGUGAGCAGAUUGAUGACAUAUACAGAGUUGAUAGUGUCACCAUAUAUGAUAGUCUGCCACCUUAUGAGUGGCAUUACCUGAAAGUUGAGUUGCCGCAGUUCGUCACUUUUGCAUCUCUUGAAGUAGAAGCAGCGGACUUUGUGAGCAUUGGCUAGCAUUCAAUAGAUAAUAUAAAGGAUCCACUUAUCGUUUUAUUUAGUUUGGUUGCUUUUCAACAAGAAUUGUAUUUGGUCGUCCCAAUUCGGCUGAACUAAAACUGUAGGCCAAAAUGAUCUGCAACAGGGCAAAAAGAUGAUAAAGAUUGGUCAUUCCGAUAGUAACUCGCCCGUGUUAUGCUUAAGGAAAGGCGGGUUUCCACUUCCAGACAUUUCCAGUUUUGCUUCAGAAGUUCCAAAGGUUGGCAACGUUCAUAAUGCUUCCAAGAUCGAAAAAAAUCUUUGGAGUGCAGGGCAAUGCUAUUUCAUACGGGACAAAGUAUCCAUAGAGUUUAUCAGCGAGCAGAUAUCGGCAGAUGUUUCCUUCGUUGGUCUUUUCAAUGGGAUCGGGCCAAUCCGAACACAAGCAAAGAUGAUCAACACGGGACCAAUUUUUGAUAUAUCUACUACUAUAUAUGUCAAGGAUUGCAAGAACCAAUCAAAGAGGGGACAGUUAUGUAGCAAAAGUAUAGAAGAGCUUUCAUGCCACAAUUCUUCUCUUUGUGAGCUUGGACAGAGUGAUGAAAGCAGUAAAAACUAUACUGGAGUUAGCGUAAGAUGUUUAACCUGCAAGAAGAUUUUCAAAGAAUCAGACCUUCAAGAUCUAGCUUCCAAGACAUACUUCCUGGACAUGCCACAUCCAGUAGAAGAAUUGAUGAUAUCGGGGAUUGAUUUGAAGUCAUCAGAAGCCCAUCAUACUGAGAAAAUUGGCAAUUCUUUGAUGUGUUAUGCUCGAUAUGGUGCAGUACCAGGGGACGUGUAUGACUAUGCAGUGGACUUGACCAAAAUGCCGCUUAAGAUCUCACUGCCUAAAAUUGGAACCUGGUACUUUAACAUGCAGCUGAUUGAUGAAUUGAAUGUUCAACUGAGAAGGUUGCAAAACAGUAGUGAACUUCGCUAUUCAGUGGAAUGGGAUGUUGUUGAAUGUCCUGAUGGAAAUGCUGGUCCUAAUUGCUCUUGGCUGAGAUAUAUGCUUCAGGUUUCACAAAGAGACAGUUCAGAUGGUUUUUUAGUUUCCUCGCCCAAGAACUUGAAUGUUUCUGUAGAGCUGCAUAAUCUCCAUUUGGAGCCUAUGUUAAGUAAUACUUCAUAUGGAAUUGGAACGGAAUCAGAUUUUGCUUGGACUUACUUUGAUAUUGAUGUCCCACGAGAUGCUAUCGGAAAGAACAUACAUAUUGAGCUCAUUGCCAAUGUAAGCAUAAACUAUCAGCUCUUCAUUAGAUUUAAUGGGCUACCAUCUGAAAGCAAUUGGGACUACUUCUACUUAAGCCAGAGUAGCCAUAGUGAUAAUGGGUCAUCCAUGUUCAAGUUGUACAAAAGAAGCGAAAGACGGGUUGAUGCCUAUUUACUAUAUCCUAAUGAAGGGCUCUGGACUCUUGGAUUAAUGCAUCCAGUACAAAGUAAUCCAAAUUUGAGAACCGAAUUAUCUUUAUCAGUUGAAAAUUGCCCAAACCAGUGCUCUAAUCAUGGGAGUUGUGAAUUCAAUGGUGACCAGGGACCAACUGGCUUCAGGUACUAUUUCUGCAAAUGUGAUGGUAGAUUUGGUGGAUUUGACUGCAGUGUGCAACUAGUGUCAUUAUCAGGGCAAAGAUGGCACGUUGCAUUUCUUACAGCAUCCAAUGCAGCUGCACUACUUCCUGCAAUUUUCGCCCUUCGCCAAAAGGCUUAUGCAGAAUGGAUUGUCUUCAUCUGCGGUGGAGUUUCUAGUGCUCUAUAUCAUUCCUGCGAUACCGGUAGCUGGUGCUCUCUUUCUUUUCAUGUCUUACAGUUCAUGGACUUCUGGCUCUCUUUCGUGGCGGUGCUAACCACCUUCCUUUACUUGGCCUUUGUUAGUGAAGUUGUGAGAAGACCAAUACACACACUCUCCUUCAUUGUUACAGCAUUGCUAUCUCUGAAUGGCGUAACCAACUAUAAGAAUAUUCCUCUUGUGGUAGCACUUGGAGCUUUCGUCAUGCUUUGCGCAUGGUCUUUGGAGGUCUUCGGCUCAUGUAGAUCCUCUUCAUUGUCUUUACCAAUUUCCAUUGCAAACACACAACAUAGAUUGGUUAAGGUCAAAUCAUGGUUCCCUGAUCUUCUCAAGGCACUAAAUAAGCGGUUCAAGUGGCGAUUUGUGUUUGCUGGUCUCGUUACGCUUGGAAUGGCAGCUUUAAGCCGGAACCUGGAAACCCCUGAAAGCUACUGGAUUUGGCACAGUAUAUGGCAUGUGAGCAUUUAUUCUUCGGCAUUUUUCUUUCUGUGCUCAAGAUCAUCAUCCACUCCGCAAAAUGGCACUGAGGAAGCAACUGAAGAUGAUGACACUAGUUCACUUACCAUUCAACAAACCAGCCACUGAAUUUGUGUUACUAUAUAUUCUUUCAUUACACUAGUGCUGCUUUCAACCUAGUAUAAAUGGAUAACCAACAAUGGCACGACAAUUAUCUCAAAAAAAAAAAAAAAAACAACGGCACGGAAAUUGUGCCUAAUGUAUUAUUACCAUAGGUCAAGAGUUCGAAUUUUACCAACCGAGUACUGGCACGGAGCAACUGCCCUUGGUCUCUUUUUCGUUGCCAUUCUGACCCUAAUUUUGGUGUAGAAUGAAACAAACAAUGAACUACUAUGUGAAGAGAGUAAUUUUUAUGGCUUUUUGUCCUUUGGAUUGAGUAAUUCAAAAUACAUCAAACUGUAAAUGACAGAAAUUUGGC